AUGUCCUCAGGCUUCCCCGGCGGUCAUCCAGACUACUUCAACAUCAACAUCGGCACCAACAACGUCAGUGGGAGAUCCAUGUCUAUGAUGAAUAUGGCCAACAACCCACAAGGCUCUUACCGGUCACCACUUGCCGGAAUUCUUGCUGACCCAUCUUCUCAGAUCGGACUCAGGCGACCUGAGUUGAUGGGGAAAAGAUCUCUGGCUGAAUUCCAACACCAUCACCAACUCCAGCAGCAAGCUGCGUUUUUCUUAAGAAACGUGAAACAACGGCCUUAUAAUCAGCAUGCUUCUCCUGUAUCUCCGCUUUCUCUAGUGGAUUUUCCGAAUUUGCCGGAAGUUUCUUCGGUUUCUAAUAUGUCUUCAUCGUCGUUGUCGUCUGUUCCUCGCUAUGGCGUUCCAGUUAUGCAACAAGUUCAUCCGGCGAGUGUGCAAAGUUUUAAUCUUGGUAAUGGAAACUUUAACGGCGUAAUGGGUAAUUACCAACAUAACAAUCGUGGCAAUUUUCCGCGAGUUUCUUUACCUAAUUUAGCGGCGAAACAAUUGGCGGCCAGUCAAGAAACGGAGGGGAAGAUGAUGAAACGUCUGCAAGAGCUAGAGAAACAGCUUUUAUUGGACGAUGAAGACGGAGAAAACGAUGUCUCCGGCGUUACUAACAGCGAGUGGUCGGAAACGAUUCACAACAUACUCGGUUCCUCCCCGGUGGUGAAAGCGGAGAACACUGUUUCUCCUUCUCCGACGUCGUCGUCUUCUUCGUCCUGUGCAUCUUCCUCCGCGUCUCCAGCGACCCCAAUUUGCCCAAAGCAGUUGCUAUCCGACACCGCAGUUGCAAUUGCCGACGGGAAAAACGACUCAGCGAUGGAAAUCCUCACGCGCCUCAACCAGGUUUCAAACGCGCUUGGCACCCCCGAGCAGCGAUUGAGUUUCUACAUUGCGUCCGCACUCCGAUCGCGGCUAAGCGGGAACCCGACGACGGCGUCGGAGUUGUAUGGAAAAGAUCACAUCGUGUCAACCCAACUGCUCUAUGACAAAUCCCCAUGUUUCAAGCUUGCUCUCAUGGCAGCGAACGACGCCAUUCUCGAACUGGGGCAGGCCGAGAACAGCAUACAUAUGGUAGAUUUCGAUAUAGGUCAGGGCGUUCAGUACGUGUACUUACUUCACGAGAUUGCGGCGGCGCGUAAGGUUGAUAAAGAGACAAACAUUUCAUUAAAGCUUACAGCUUUCACAGACUUUGGUAAUAGGGGUUCUGAUAGAUUGAAACUCGUGGGUGAUGGUCUGAGUUCCCUUUCUAACAAACUGGGUGUCCCCUUUUCUUUCAAUAUUUCAACUUUGAAAUUAUCCGAUCUCAAUGCGUCUGCCUUAAUGGUGGAACCCAGAGAAGUUCUGGUUGUGAAUUUCGCUUUCAAGUUGUACAAAUUGCCAGACGAGAGCGUAACCACGGAGAAUCUGAGAGACGAGGUGCUGCGGCGCGUGAAAGGGUUGUCACCGGCGUUGGUGACGGUGGUGGAGCAGGAUUUGAACGCCAACACAGCGUCGUUUGAGACGCGCGUGAGCCAGUCGUGUGGGUAUUAUGGGGCGUUGUUGGAGUCGCUGGACGCGACGAUUGGGAGGGAUAACUCGGAGCGAGUGAAAAUCGAGGAGGGACUGAGUCGGAAAAUGAUGAACUCGGUUGCGUGUGAGGGGAAAGACAGGGUUGAAAGAUGUGAGGUGUUUGGGAAAUGGCGGGCCCGAAUGAGCAUGGCUGGGUUCGAGCCAAAGGCGAUGAGUCAACUCAGGGCUGAAACAUUAGUUACGAAGGUGAACUCGGGCACACGUGGUCAUCCGGGCUUCACGGUGAAGGAGGAGGGCGGCGGGAUUAAUUUUGGGUGGAUGGGCCGGAGUCUCACCGUCGCAUCGGCGUGGCAUUAG